AUGAAAUUAAUUCUCUUAAUUAUUUUUACAUUUUUGUUAUCCGCGUCAGGACUCAAUAAUAAAAGACAAACUUUAAUUCAGUGGUACAAUGAAAUUAAUUCAAAUCACUCAACAAAUGCUUUUAAAUUUGAAACAAAUGCUGAAUGUGUUAAUCAAAUAAUUGGAAAUUUAAACAAAUUUGGGAAUCAAACAUUGAAUUUUAUUGAAGCAAUGAUUAUUAUUUAUGGAGCUGCAUUAGGCUGUACGCAUGGAAAUGUUUGUCAUGUUUGGAUGGAGAUGCUUGCAACUUUUGUUGAUUCUUACAAGAAAAGUUAUAAUUUCGACCAAAUCGUGUGCUUUCAAUAUGAAUUAAUGAAGUCUGUUAACCAGAAUGUCCAAAAAUUAGCUGAGUUCAAACAAAGUUGUUUACAUCAUGUUGAUGAUGAAGGUCUAAAGGAACAUAUGAUUUAUAUGGAAAAUAAAUUUGGUAGCUUUGAUUAUCUUACAUGCGGUGCCUUUACAAGUCAAGAUUUUAAAAUAUUUCUACUAAGUAUCAUAACAUUAACGAAUCAGCAAGACCAAAAAUUCCAAAUUUACAAGCUUUCAACAUGUUUGCAUGCUAAACUCAAUGCAGCAAUCCAAUGCACCAUAUCGCGUGUCUUCUAUCAAGUCCAUCAACAAUUCAAUGUAAAUGGAAGUUGUCUAGUCAAUAUUGGUCAACAAUUAAUAUCAAAUCUUGGGCGACCAUCAACUUUGGGCAUUUCAGAUCACUGUGUGAAUAAUCAAAUAAUUCAACCAUUCAUUAACUGGUUUGCCGACUUCAAUAACAAUUUUAAUGAAAAUUUCGCUAAAAUGCAAGAAUCAAAUAAUGUUUAUUCAAAUUUCUUAAGAUUUAGAGAUCCUCAAAAUUAUAAUUUUGGAUGAAAUAAAAUUCAAAAUUGUUUGUGUUUUAAUAAUUUUUUUUUUCAGUAUUUAGAGGGGGGGAGGGGAGGGGUUUAAUACCCUCCAAUUCCCCUGGAAUAAUUUUCUCAAUUUUCUUUGUCGCUUCAAAACUUACUAUUUCUGAAUCUAAAGACGUGUCAAAAAAAUGUCAACUUCCCCUUCGCUUCUAGGCCAGGUGUCUACGUCUUUACAGAUGUGAACGGACGAACUAACGCAUUUUCCUCGCAAAGUAAAAACAAAUUACAAAAGUCCUCGUGUUAUUGAUCGAGG